AUGAAUACUCUUAUGCCAUCAAACCUGAAUGACAUAUGUAUCCAUCUCUCUGGGAUAGCUAUUCAUGUAACUGAAUAAAUAAAAAACCAAAAUGAGUAGAUUCAAGGAAUGUGCUUAGAAAGGUAAAAAACUAUGGAAAAAUUGUAAAAACAACUUGAGAAGAUGAAUUAAGUAAUUUCUAGGAUGUGUGAUAAAUAACCUCAACAAACAUCUGACUAGAUUCAAAUUCUUAAGAAUCAGUAAUAUAAAUAUGAACUGUAAAUGGAAGAAGAAUUAGAGCUUCCGUGCUACAGAAACAGAAUUUUUCAAAUCAAACUAAAGCUAGUUUAGAAUGAAAAAACAAUAAUCAAUGUGAAUAAUCUCCUUGUUGAGUUACAAAUUUGGACUUACGACAAGAUUCCUAAAAAACUCACCCAUAACAAUAAAAAUCAAUCAAUCUUCAAAGGAUGCUAAUAAACUGUAAUAAAAAAAGGCUAUGGCAAACUUAGCAGGAUUCAGAUUAAGGAAGUUUCCUCCCAUUUUCCAAAAGGGACAUUUAUGAUGAUGAUUAUACCAACUGAUGACGGGGCCGUUAUUGGAGAAGAGAGUAAAUUUAUCAUAAAAAAAGAGUGGAUAAAGCCUCUCAUUAUAAAUGAUGUCUCAAUAAAGGCAAAAAAGUUUUCUGAUAGACAUAAUCCCUAUUAUGCCAAGUCUGAUGGAACAAUUAAUAUUUUGGAAUAGGAAUGA